CGGAGACCCUCUUCCUCGCCCUGCUCCUGCCCCUACCCCGCGGUGUGACCGCUGGGCUGCCAGGCCCUUCAGCUCCGCUCAGGGCCCUCAGCUGGGAGUUGAGAUGAUUGGGGUUGGGACACUCCGCUGUCCACCCAGGCGCAGGACCCGUCUCCUGGCGCGGGUGGCAGUGGGGCUCGCCCAUCAGUACUCCCACAGAAUAAACUUCCAUGCAGAAAACCGACCAAUAUUUGCGGUUGCAAAGAUAAUCUUCUAAAUGCGUAACAGUCUACAGUAGUGGGGCUCAACCUUUUUUUCGUUUGCAGAGCCUUUUGGAAAUCUUAGACAUAGUUUGCAGCCUUGCAUACCUCCCCGGGGGCCAUGGCCUGUCUGCCCAAGCCCACAGACAGAUGGCUCCAAUGCCAUCUGCUGCCGAUGAAUAGCUCUUGCCACCAGCAAGAAGUUGGAAGGUACAGAAAGAAGAACCUGGAGACUGCAGGACAAGAAAAUACAGCAAACAAUGGUUCGUAGUGGAAAGAAUGGUGGGCUCCAUCUGAAACAAAUCUCCUAUUACAAACGAACAGGAGAAUAUCAUCCAACUACGUUAGCAAGUGAGAGAAGUGGAAUAAGAAGAGCAGCCAAAAAAUUUGUUUUCAAAGAAAAUAAGUUGUUCUAUGUGGGAAAAGACAGGAAACAGAUGCGUUUGGUAAUUGUUUCAGAUGAGGAGAAGAAGAGAGUGCUACACAAAUGCCAUGAAAGUGCUGCAGGUGCUCAUCAUGGAAUAUCAAGGACUCUGACUCUGGUGGAGUCUAGUUACUACUGGACUUCCAUAACAAAUGACGUCAAACAGUGGGUGUAUGCUUGCCAGCAUUGCCAGGUGGCAAAGAAUACAGCCAUCAUAGUACCCAAAUUACACCCUAUCAAAGUAGAGGAUCCAUGGACUGCAGUCACAAUAGACCUAAUGGGACCAUUUAAUACCACCCGCAGAAACCAUAUGUAUGUCAUAAUGAUGACAGACUUGUUCACAAAAUGGAUGGUGGUUCUGCCACUACAAGACACUUCAGCGGUAGAAAUUGCUAAGGCAAUUGUCAGUGUGUUUUUCUUGUAUGGACCGCUUAAAAAAAUGGUUAUCGAUCAAGCAGAAGAGUUUGUUCAUCAGAUCAACAGAGAACUAUUUGAGCUCUUUGGAAUGAAACAAAUAGUAUUGUCCUAUCCUCAGACAGAUGACACAAAUGAAAGAACAUGCAAGACAAUCAAGACUUUCCUGAACAAAUACUGCGCAGACCACCCCAAUGACUGGGAUGAUAAUUUAUCUGCCAUUGCGUAUGCUUUUAACUUGACUCCCAUGGAGCCAGUCCAAAACACACCAUAUUUCCAAAUGUUUAAUCGUAACCCUUAUGUGUCUGAGACUUCAAAUGUACUGCAGGAAGCACGAGAGGAUAAUAAAUGUACAUUUGCCAAAAUCCUUGAAGCAAUUAAACAGGCUGAUCGAGUAUUGGAGGAAAGGAAAGCUACAAAAUGCCAGAUUGAGAAAAAUAGGAUUGAUGAACAGCAAACUGGAAACAAGGUCAAUAUUAAAAGGAAGCCAAAGCAAAUAAAUCCAUUUCAUCUUAAAGUUGGACAUGAAGUGCUUAGGCAAAGGAAAAACUGGUGGAAAGAUGGCCGUUUCCAGUCAGAGUGGGUUGGUCCCUGUAUUAUAGACUACAUCACAGAUAAUGGAUGUGCAAUACUAAGAGAGACCACAGGAUCCAGACUAAAAAGACCCAUCAAAAUGUCUCACCUUAAACCAUACAUAAGAAGAUCCAGUGGACAAGACAACCAUUAUCUCUUACAAGGUGCAAUAGUGGUUGACCAUGACUACGCUGGCUUAUCGGAAAGUUCGUAUGGGCCAUGCCCACAAGACACCAUUGCCGAAGGGGAAGUAAAUACCCCUGCAGCAAACAAUCUGCUGUCUUCACCCUGCAAAGAGAGUGAACCAUCAGAAUGUAAAAGUCAGUCUGAGUUUACUGAAGAUCAUAUUAUUCUGUCAGCUAACUCAAAUCCAGAGCAAUGGUCUUCUUCAAACUGUUGGACUCUUCAAACCAAGCUAGAGGAUACUUAAGUAAAUAAAACCCCACAAUGUUUCACUAGAAGAAAUGGUCCUAAAUGUUUCUGGUGGAUUGGAAAGGGCGUUAGCAGCUUUAAAUUCCUUAGCCAAGUUUUAAAUAUUGAAAUGUUAGAUGCUUGUAUUUACAACUGUAUAUAUUUGUGAAUAAUGUGUGUCUGGUAAUUAGUUUGUAUAUAUACACUGACAUACUUAUGCUUAUUUUACAAGGAAUAUGGGAAUAGUUUAGUAGAAACAUAUUUCACCACUAUAGAAUGGGAUUUGGUCUAUAAACACAGUGCAGAUUAGAGUUAACACUAUGGGCCUGCCCACAGCGCGUUAGUCCUUAACCACAAAAGUACUGGAUAGCAUUUCAUUUUAUGGCCUCUUCACUGGUCCUGUGGGUGGUUUAAGAGCUCUGAAGACUCCAGGACUGUAAGCUGAACAACCUGACCGAAGUCUGUCUCCAGCUCCAGGUAAUGGUUCACCAUCCUACUAUUCUACAGCUUUGGUUCCAGCUCUUUGGGGAAGUUGUGAGCUCUGCCUUUUACACCUUCUAUUCUUUAUCGGUGGCACAAGACUCUACAACCACAUGAAACCAGCAGAGCUGCCAAAGUGCAGUGCAAGAACUGUUCUGCUUGAGAAACAAAUAGCCCUACAGUGACAUGGGCAGAAUUUUUCCAGUUUUACUCCCAGCCCAUCAAAACACUUUAGGGAAAGGAGGUUUUUAGAGUCUUUUAGGCAUGUUAAGGACACCUAAAGCACAAACAGGGACUGUCUCUGAUCAUCUUCAAAGCAAAUCUCAGAGAUGUGGCCUCCUUGCAGCAUGAGCACCACACCAACUGGUUUGUGUAGGUGCUUAGGACUGCCUGGCUGGCUGCUCAGUCUGUCCCUGUCAUUGGUGAUUUUUAUCAUGCUAUCAAAGAUUUUGGAACUCGUGAUUAACCAUGUAGUGACAGUCCUCGGUAAAUGUGUGGUUCACUGAUCUCCCAGCUCUGAAUCUGCCUGCAGUCUCCCUUACCAUUCUUUCUUUUCAUAAAAAAAAAAACUUGCUCUAAACCUAGGAAGGGCCCUGCUCUUCCUGACAUCCACACAUCUUACCUUGCCUCUCUCUGAAAAUUUGAGUUGAGAUGAGUUGCGAGCUUGGAGGGGAGAAAAAUUACCAUGUGUGCAUGCAUAGGAGCUUUUGUACUUGUGUGCUUGCUAUGGUGCACCUUUCAGAGUCCCAAAACCACAUAACACCACAAUGGGGCUAGAUCCAGGAACUAUGGAAGUAGAUAAUUACCACCCAUUGACUUAGGGAAGUAGCCCAGGGCUGGGAGCUUUAGUCUAACCUCUUUAACUAACUGGCAUUACUUGUUUUCUGCACUUCAUGACCCUUAUUAUUGACCAAGGCUUCAUACGUACAGUGGUAUUGCCAUUAGUUCAUAGUUUUGGUAACAGUACUAGAAGAUACAGAAGGAGAGCUGGUUGGAAAUAGUUCUUCUGCCUGAGGGAAAAUUUUGAUGAAAAGUUAGUUUCAGAUUUAUUUUUUUUUAUGGAGAAUUUUGAUUUUUUGGUAAAAAUUGAAAACCAAAAAGUUUCAGCUGCAAACUAAAAUCUUCAUUUUGGAAAUACUCCCACAGGGCAGAUGGGGAAUAUAAAUUUAGGUACCUUAUGCCCCCAUUCUUCUCUUUGGGAUGGGCUCCCUGGCCAGCCUAUAUCUCCCCACUUGCCUCGCUGCUAUGGUACAUCACUGGAAACUUAGUCAAACUGGUGAGCCUGGCCCAUAGAGGAAAAUGGGGGCAUGAGGCACCAUGCUAGCAUUUCCUAAUCUGAUUUUUUUGGGAUUUGGCCCAAACCUUUUCAGGUGAUAAAUUUUUGGACAAAAAGUAGAAAUAGCUGCAGCAAGCAGACAUUACUCGUGAAAAAAAUAUUUUUAUCAUAAACCCAAUUUGCCACUGAAACAGUUUUCAUUGAAAAUUUUCAGUCAGCCCUCAUGUUUAUUGAAGGCUCAGCUAGGAAGGGAACCCAGGACCAAGAUUUUCAAAAGCUGCUAUUGAAUCUGGGUGGCUAGUGUGAGAUGUCUGUAAGAGAGACUUAACUCUAAAAACUGCUGAGUGCCUUCUGGAAAAUCAGGAACACAGUUUUGCCCAUUAAGUGACACUGCCCGUUGGAAAGAAUAUAUCAAACCUACGUGCUUGGCUAUGCUGUCUGUAAAAUAAGUCUGUUUCCACAUACCCACUUUACCAAGCACUUUUGAGAUCCACAGAUGAUUGAGGGUUAUAUCAUUCAUUGACAAAUACACAGUAGCCAGGAAACCUAUAUCUCAGACCCCUGCUUUAACCACCAAUUUGCACUCCCCUCCAAGAACCAAGAGUAGAGUCCAGUAAUCCUGAUCUCCAGCAUCCUACUGCUAUCUAGAAAACAGUGAUGCAUAAUGCACUCUUUGGCUCUAUCUUAAAACUUUUUAAAAAUAAAAAGUUACAAAAUUCCAUUUACAAAACCAUCAUUAUUAAGGUUUAAAAGCCAAGCACUCAAAUAGGAAAUAACUGUAACCUUGAUUCUGCCCAUGUGUAUCAUCAUAUAAUCUGGAGUUAUAUGAUCACAUACUAUUUUUAUAGGACUCCUGUUUUGAAGUAGAAGGCCAGUUGUUCUGAACCAUUGCCUGCUCCCUGUAUGCCUAUAUUUUCUCAAUUGCAGUUUCACUCAUCAGAGGUCAGAUCUGGCAGAGCCAGCUCCUCUAACCUCAUGUCCAUAGCAUAAGGUGCACUCUAGCAAUCCCCCACUAGGGGACAGUCUCUUGGCUUCAGGAAUAAGAUCAGACAGAGAACUAGGAAGCUGCCUUCUUUAUUUCCAUCACCUCCCUGUGGGGUUCAGUAGAGCAUCUGGCCUGGAUGUUUUUCACCAGAUACUAACUGGUCUUCUCUGUGUUUGUGUAAUACCUAGCCUAGUGGGGCCCUGAUCCAGACCGAGGUCUCCAGGCAUCAGUAUAAUACAAAUAAAUUAAUGAGUGCUUUCAUAGUUACUGUCCCCAAAAUAGCACCAAACUGACUAUGUGUUGGACAGGAAAGUAAAGGGCUGAAUGCACUAAAAGGAAUAAAUAGAAUACAUGAUACUACUAUUUCAUAUUUUCUGGUAAUUGCACAGUUGCAGCUGCACAUGAGCUCCUCAGCUCAGCUGACUAGAUCUCUCUCUGGGUAUAUAUAGUCAGGAAGAUAUUUAAUAGUUUUAGGCAAAUUAGCAAAAGGAACUGGGAAUUUCUGGAGACUUGUUCAAAUUUGCCAUAACAGCCAGGAGCAAAAUUGGAAGAAAGGCAGGAGAAAGCCUGAACCAUUGCUACAGGUAGGGUUGACAACCAGCCAUGCUCAAAGAAUUAUCAUAGGAAUACUUCAUACACUUAUUAUAGAAAACUUUUCUACUGUUUGUGACAUUCAAUGAGUUUUGUCUUCCAAGAGAAAACUCAGAGCCACUAUUUCAUCAAGAAUGACUGCCCUCUAUUCACUGCACAUGCAUUUAAUUUACAAGGGGACAUGCCUCAGCUUCCCUAGUCAAUUCUUUAAAAGGUGGUUUGUGACAAUUGUGGUGUUUAUAACUAGAAGGGGAAAAAUGGAGCAAAUAUGUUCAGGGAAUUAAGAGAGAGAGAGAGGAAGUUGGUGAAUUCCACAGUACAGAAACAUGAAAAUGUUUCUAUCUGGUUAAUGUACUAAAUUAUUUACAUAUACAGUUAGUUGAAAUAAAUGGAUGGAAAUUCA